GUGGUGGUGUAUGUGACGGUGUCAGAGCUGCUCACCCCCUCUUCCUGAGGCUCCACAUAGAGCUCAUCUCCGAUCCUGGACAGAGAAUUGAUGGCUUUGGCCAAGACUGGACGAGUUUGAGGAACGCUGCAACGCUCCUCCCAUCUCCGUUGAUACAAAUGGCUGUUGCUGAAGAGGUGUGACUAAAACAGCAUUUGUGUACUGAAACCAUGGACGUUUCGUGAAAAGGAAAACACACGAGAGGACGAAAGGAAUCGUUUUAAGUCCAGUUAAGCUUUGCGCCAAGACAAAACAAAAAGGGACAAAUGGCUGCUGAAACUUUUGUGGAUACGGGAGGAUUGGAGUAUGAAAGCAAAACAUCCAUGAGGAAACUUAACAUUCAAGCAGAGGAAUUCCAACUGUAACAGAUGGACCUGUUACGACAUUUCGGUUGAGAAAACUCCUGACAAGAUAAUGGAAAAAGAUUGAAAUAUGAAAACAAACGGAAACCACCAUCGCAGGAGUCUUGAGGGCUGACGUAUUAGGUAUGACUGUGUGGAAUCCAUCUCUGUUGGUUGUGCGUACUCUCAUUGUUGACAUACUUUUCUGUGAAUCCUGGACUUGACACGCAGCAGUUCUGUUCCUAGAUGUCUCAGCCACAUGAUCCAAAAGACAGCCAGUCUCUGCUGCAGUCCAUGCUGCAGAGACUGAAGCUCCAACCGGGAAAAGAGGCCCAGGAAUACCGGCACCCACCUGCACUCAGCACAGCGGAAAGAGGAGGCUCCAUCAUCCGCAAAGUAAACGGCCGUCCUGUAAAUGACUUUGAGCUUGGUGCCAAUGGGAUCCCGCCGAGGGUGUUUGGGAUCUCUGCUGCGGAAAGAACCAGGGAAAUACAACCACCGGGUCGUUGCUGUGAAGUGGACAAGGGUCUUAUUUCCUCCCCCUCCCAGAAAGACGACAUCGAGGCCGACACGGGUGAGGGAAGGUUGCUGGGACAUGCCACUCAGCCCGGUAUCAUCCCGACAGGAACGCGGCAGCUGUUUCCCGCCGAGUCACUCAAGGAUGCUGUUAUCACUUCCGUUGAGAGGACUGAUGGGGCGGGGGGCAGUUCCGGCAGCACUGCGGUGACGAUGGGACAGGGGCUUGGAGAUCCGACAAAAAAUAAGGACAUGCAGAACGUUGCGACAAACAGUAGUUCAAGAAGAACACAGCCAUCGUCUGAGACUAAAAGGAAGAGAUGGCCCCAGAAGAUCAGGGAGAGAUGGAGGGACAGGCCGGGGAGUUUGAGCAACAGAGGGGGGAAAAAGGGAAUAACAUUAGACCUGAAAAAUGAGCAAGGACCUGAACUGUUCACAGCAGUAAGGGUCGCCGAGACAGCAAAUAAGGUGGAAGAACGGCCCCUUCCUUCCCUCGACAGCAGUGAUCCCGGUAGCCUGCCUCCUACUCGCACGGACAACGCCAGCGAAGGAUGUAUGGGAUCAGCCACCAACUUUCAGUUUGGCCUCGGCUCCUUUAGCUUACUGGAGGAGAUUGUCACGGGUCAAAAGUGGGCCAGGUUCCUAAAUCCCAACCAAUCAGCCGCCUCGGCAAAUCCGAGACCUCCAGGACUCAAAAUCCCAUCAAGUCUUAAUGAAAGCGGUCAAACACCUGUGAUUUUUAACAAGCAAGGAGGUGCGUACAACCAGUGGGACUUCAGAGGCUCCGCGGCAUCCCCAGAUUCAGGUUUCAUGCCGCCCGAUGCUUUCCAACCCGUCAGCAUGGAUGUUUCAGUAGCAAAGCCAGAUGCAGUACGGCACGUUCACAGUGACGCUGGUCAAGCAGAACCAAUGGAGCACGGACACACCCGUGGACCUCCUUCGUGUGCAGAGCCUAAAAAUUUUCUGGAAAACUCAGUGCUGAAGAAAAGAGUCCAACGCUGCAGGAAGAGGCCGUAUCACGGAGACGAGAUGCUUCCCAUGGAGGGAAUAAACAACGGUCAGGAGGCAGAAAGAGAGGGGAUGAUACCGUCACCACGCCUAACAGACAUCCACGUGAUGGAGGAGACCGGAGAGGAGCAGCGUGUCGACCAUGUGCCUUCAUACACCCUGAGCUCCGCAUGUGCUCCUCUCGCCCCUGCACCCCGGGGCGUCCUCAAACACUCCAUAUCCCGGGACUCCUCCGUGGAAAUUGUAAUGAAAAGGAGGCGAGUUGAGGAGACGCGGCGGGUUCAUUUUGCAGAAGAGGUGGUGGCCAUAGAGCCCCCGGCGCUGGACUCGUACGCUACGGACUCGGACUCGGAUCCUGAAGACGAGGAGGACUCUGUGGCACCGCAGGAGUGUGAGGAGCAGAAGGCAGCCAUAGAGGAGGUGUCAGCCCCCCCACGCCGGGCUGCUCUGCCUGCCUGGAUACAGGCUCUGAAGAGGAGGAACACGCGGAGGAAGCACAGAUAGACUGCACAGCCGGAAACUUCUUCUUACUGGACAAUUAAAAGCACCUCCGCAUCUAAUCGCUCCUCAUCCGCCGCCAAGAACAUCAGCGCUCAAAAUGUUCAUGGAUCAAGUGUUAGAUGGAUAAAGAAGGACUGUCGUCCUGUCAGCUGUUGCUGCCGCUCUCGUCUCUGUCCGUCCAUCUGGACUCUAUCGUGUAUUAUAGAAUCUCAGUGUGGAUAACACAAGUAUGACCACGCUUUAGUUGAUCAGGUUACUGGAGUAAAUAUUCUCCCACUUGAUGUUUAUGAGAGUUGCUGUGCUUCUCCUGCCUGUGCUGAGACGUGUCUCUCUGGAAAAUGAACCCCAGAAGAGCGAAGGGACUUAUAGCUGAAACGUUGCGGGCAGACUAAUGGUGGUUUCUGCUUGUCUGCUGCUCUCUGUUCAGCUCAUGAAGGGCUGGAACAUUAUUUUGAGGCCAUUUGCUUGCAGUCACCAUAGGAUUGUUUUUUUUAUUAUAUGAUGUUGUUUUUAAAUGGCGGGACUGUUGCUUAAGUGAUGCUUCCGUUUGAGUCUCCCAACACGGGAGACAAAUAUGAAAGGAAUGAUUUGAGAUGUUGCACAAUGUGUGUUUGCUUUCUUUCUGUGUCAUGUAUGUAUGUUUGUAUGAGAUUCUGUGCGUUUGACGGGGAUCAGUGCCGGCAGCUAGUCUGGUACAUAAACCCCGUGACACCAACACUAGGAGACCCGCUUCAGUCUUUGUGGUCAGCUACAGCUUCAUAAUUACUAUACGGAUUGUUAGUCGGAGAACGCUGUUGUGUGUGUUCGUCAACAUUGUUCCCUCAACCUGAAAAACUAGAGAACAUAUUAGAAGACAAAACCUUUUCCAGCCACACCAGUUACAUUAUAUACAUUAUUACUGGUGCUUGUUGUUGUUGUGAAAUAGCGUAAAAAAAACAAUUUUAAAUUUAGAUUUACCAGACGCAGCAUUCAGUACUUUACAGUAACGUGUAUCAUAUUCUGUCAUUUCCAUUAUAUUUUAUAUUGAUUUGUCUGAUUGAAUUAGUACAUUCAA